UACGUGCUGUGUAUACCGUGGUGUCCCUCCCCGGGUUUAAAACGCAAUACCAAAGCAGUUAGGCAAAACGUUCGGCACGCGCACCAUGUGUAUUGCGUCGCGCAAGGGACGGUCGCCAGCAGUCGUCGUCGGAUCAGCGUCGUACUCGCACACGCGUUUUCCGCGAUCAUUGUAAUAACCGCAUUAUUAUUAUUGUCGUCGUCGUUAUCGUAUUUAUAAUAUUAAUUAUUACCCGUUAUCAUUAUUAGUAUUAUUUGUAUUAUUAUUAUCAUCAUUAUUAUUGAUGACGAUUUCAUAAUUUUUUUCGCCAACCUCUCUUUAACGACUUCUGCCGGCUGCCGACAAUUACACACCACUGGGCCGGAGAAAACGGUAAUUUUUCAUCUCGUAUCGUUUUCACCAAUAUUUUCCGUCCGAUGUGCACGGACUUCACCGAAGCACACCGUCGACGACGUAGCCGCCGCCGUCGCCGUACCCGAGAUGCUUCUCCGAAUGUGGCUUCUCGUCCGCGUCCCACCGGCGGCGACGGCACCCACCGGUCACUGAUCAGCUCGGUCCCGCAGCCACGACGACCGUUAUUGUCGCACUAAAAACAUUGAAACAGCACACCGUCGCGAUGCACCAAGAACAGUUCGUGUACUCAGCGACCGUGGACGUCCAGCAGUACGUUGGCCCGUACAGGUUGGAGAAGACUCUGGGCAAAGGACAAACAGGUUUAGUGAAGCUCGGCAUCCAUUGCGUCACUGGGAGAAAUGUAGCAAUAAAAAUAAUUAACCGCGAGAAGCUGAGCGAGUCGGUGUUAUUAAAGGUGGAAAGGGAGAUUGCUAUAAUGAAACUCAUAGACCACCCGCACGUGUUGGGCUUGUCAGACGUCUACGAAAACAAACGAUACCUAUACUUGAUACUGGAACACGUGUCCGGCGGCGAACUUUUUGACUACUUGGUUAAAAAGGGGAGGCUGACACCCAAAGAAGCUAGAAGAUUUUUUCGACAAAUCAUCUCUGCGUUAGACUUUUGUCACAGUCAUUUAAUAUGCCACAGAGAUUUGAAACCGGAAAACUUGUUGCUAGACGAAAAGACCAACAUAAAAAUCGCUGACUUCGGUAUGGCGUCCUUGCAACCCAACGGCAGCAUGCUCGAGACCAGUUGUGGUUCUCCGCACUACGCGUGCCCUGAAGUCAUCCGAGGCGAGAAAUACGACGGGCGGAAAGCGGACGUUUGGUCGUGUGGUGUAAUACUGUACGCACUGCUUGUCGGCGCGCUGCCAUUCGACGACGACAACUUACGCCAACUGUUGGAAAAGGUGAAAAAGGGCGUUUUUCACAUACCACAUUUCGUGCCGCCGGAUUGUCAAAACUUGCUCCGUGGCAUGAUCGAAGUCAACCCGGAAAAACGAUUAACCUUGAAAGACAUAAACAAACACUCAUGGGUUAUCGCCGGAGGUAAAGGAGAAGUGCACUUAGGUAUGUCAAUGAUAGACGUCAUACAAACCCACAUAAUUCCGUCCUCAAAUGACUUAGACACCGACGUUCUUCAAGCCAUAUCAAGUUUAGGCUGUUUCAAAGACCGAGAAAAACUCACCGCCGCUUUGUUGAGCGUCGAUCAUAACACUGAAAAAGUGAUAUAUUUCCUAUUGCUCGAGCGCAAAAAACGACGACCGGCUAAUGAGGACGACACGGUUGCAGUAAAAAACACCAAAAACAGCUUCGAUCCGCCGAAAAAGCGAGUUGAUACGUGUAAAAUGAUCGACGACAUCGAUAGUAAUUUUUCUCAGAUCAGUGCUGGAUCUCCUGCUACGCCGCGAAAACAAAUGUUGCAAAAUCGCAUUUACUACAGGAGAGGAAGUUACAACAACGUAAGUUCUGCGGGCGGCAACAUGUGCAGCGGUUCGAGCUUAGCCAGUUCUUCGACCUUAGCUGGUAUAUUAUCACCUCUUCCCCAAAGGUCAAACAACUCAAACUAUCGUUACCACAAUCACCACAAGAGCCAGCAGUCGAAGAACUCAUCGAUUUCCCCGCACGGCAAUUACAUUUCUGCGCACAACCAGACGUUGGACACGAACAGCUCGUGCUCGGCAGCCGUACCCCCGUCGCCCGUGCACCACGCAAAGCAGGCAAAAGUCGAAGUACCUUCGUCUCCUAACCACAUGGUCAUCUGCACGCCUCCGGGGUCGCCUCAGCACCUGUCUAAUCAUUGGAAAUCCAGACUUACGUCGAUACGCAAUAGCGUACUGGGGUCGCCGAAAUUUCACAGGCGUAAACCUCAAAUGGACAUGGACACGCCGUAUAAACCGACACCGGAAUCUUCACCAGAACUAACGAAAAAAUCGUGGUUCGGAAGUUUGAUGGCUUCUGAGAAAGACGAGACGUUCACUAUUUUGAUAACAGGAAAACCGUUAUCUACAGUAAAGGCUGACUUAAUCCAUGCAUUGCUUUCGAUUUCCGAGUUGAGCCACACCGUAAUUAAUGCGCUGUCGUUCCGGGUUGAAUACAGACGUGGAUCCGGCGGCACGGCCAUGUUUCAGAGGCAAGUGCGAUUUCAAAUUGAUUUAUCGGACGUCACGAACACGCAUUCUCCCAGGGACUAUUUGUUCGCCAUCAUAUUCACAUUGCACUCCGGUAAUAUAAGACGUUUCCGGAGGGUCUGCGAACACAUUCAGACGCAAAUGUGCGCGCGGAAAGCGCCAUCUUCGCCCCGGGCUACUAGAAAGUUUAACACGGACUUAUCGGAAAGCUCGAGUUGCGGAUCAGACACGUCCGAGAGAUUAUCGCCAUACGUAAAUAUAAGAAACAUCGAAUCGGACAGAGACGACAAGAAUAAGAGACUGAUCAGCCACCAGGACGGCAAAGGCGGUUACUGCAUCCCAAACAGCCGGCAAAGGCGGCGGAGUUCGAGUCUGGCCAACAACAACAACUUCAACGGCAGCAACAACAAUUCCAUGGCCAACGCGCCGGCCGCAGCCAACGGCCGCAACGAGGCGCCACCGCCGACGAGAUCCAACAGCGAGACGAAACCGGCCGACGGCGCCUACAUAUCGGUGUCGGGGUCGAUGUCUUGAGGCCGACAACCAGAAAAUAAUAUUAUUAUAUAAAACUAUAUAUUAUAUUCCAAUGAUUUUUGGAUCGGCCCGGAUUAAGGGGUGGGGGACGAGACUUGACAUUUUUUUUAGGGCCCUCUAAUUGUUCACCAUUUAAAUUAAUUAUGAUAUUGUAAUCAUUGCCGUCUACCUAUUUAUUAAAUAUAUUGCGUGUAAAAAAAAAUUUAUAAUAUUAAUAAAAAUAUUUUUUUUAAGAUUAAAUUUAACCUUUGAAAACAAAACACCUAAUACUCUCUAAAUGUAGACGAUAUGAUACAAUAGCUAGAAAACAAUUUUCAUUUGAAUACUAAUAUGAGUUAUACAUAUUUUGAUGUCUUAUGAAAACGAAAAUACAAUUAUGGACAUUUUUUUUAUUAUUUCACAUCGGGGACGCUAAACAAUUUGGCCCUGGGACCUCAAAAAUCUUAAUCCGGGCUUGGAUCUGUGUACAUGUCGUAUAUAAUAUUAUUAUAAUGUAUAGAGCGAAAUUCCACCGGGUUACUGUAAAAUAUUAUUAUUAUUAUUAUUAUUGUAUAGUCGAUAAAAUUAAUGAAAUAAAAAAAUGAUCGAUGGUCACACGGAAUCUGUUGAUGUGAUAAUAAUAUCAUAAUUAUUAUUGUUACAUAAACAUGUGUAUAAAUCCAAAUGCCAUUUGAACAUACUAUAAUAUUAGCAUGUGUUAUUAGAUAUAAUAAUAUGUUUUUGUAUUUACCGUUUAUUAUUUAUACGCUUAGUGCACGAGCAACAGCAAAGCAUAAUUAUUAUUAUAUACUAUUAUUGUUUUCGUAGGUAGUCGUUUUAGAUUCUGAGCGGGAAAAUGCUUAUUAUUGCUGUAUAUUAUUAUUAUUAUCAUUAUUACUAUGUAUGGUUAUUGUAUUUAUUACGGUAACAAUUUAUUAUUGUGAUAUAUUAUGUUGUGUUUUUAUUUUUGUAUUUGUUUUGGGUAAAAUGUGCUUAAUUAUUUUUGUGGGGGCGGGGCAAUUACCUAUAUUGCGAUGAGCGUUUCGAAAACUAAGUCAAGUUAACACUGUGUGUCGCGCGUUUGUCCGUUGUAUAGAUCAUACUCCAAUGUAUGACGAUUCGGGUUUAUUAGCUGUACUUAUAUUAUUAAAUACAAAUAUGUAUAUUAUGAUAAUGUCAAAAAAUAUUUUGCUAUUUAUUUUUUCGAACAUAAAUAAAAAAAAAAAAAAAAACCGCCGAAACAACUCCGCUCAGUAUCGACUUUUCGUUAUUUUUAUGCUUUUUUUUUGUUUGAAUACGAUAACGAUAUCGUUUUAUAAAUUUUAAAUUUAAUAGUCCACUUAUCCCGACGGCACACCCUAUCCUCUGCUUUUCUUGAAUGCGAAGGAUAUGCGUUUUUCUUUCUUGUAUCAAUCUGCAGUGUUUCAAAAACGUGUACUUAAACAAAUUAUUUAAAGACCCCUUCAAAACGUCGUACUUGUUGUAGGCGUGUCGUUCCAUAGUCGAUGAGCAUAAUAUUAUAAUAGGUAUAUAUUUUAUAUGAACAAAAACUAAAAAUUAUUUAUUGUUUUAUUGCUGUACUUACUGCAAUUAUAUCUAUAGCAUAUUCGUUUUUAGAAAAAUAUUGUAAAACGGUCUGUGUAAAAUAAAUUUACGUAUAUGACAUAUUCGCUAGAAUAUAGUAUAUUAUCGUAUAUAUCAUCUAUUAAUAUAUAAUAUUUUAUAAUAAUAUUUAACAAUAAAAUAUGCAAUACAUAAAGGCAUGACCUCCUUCAUAAUAAUAAUAGAUUUUGUCUGCUUUCAAAAUCCAUUGUUAUAUACCUACCUAUUUUAUCAUCAUCAUCAUUAUUAUUAUUACAUAUUAUUAACAUUUUAGCUUUAGCUGUGGCCUGUGACUGAUUGCAUACAUAAUAUCAAUGUACUAUUAAUACAUCAUAUUUUAACAUUAGUCAAAUUGAAAAUCAGUUGAAAUUGAGAAAUGAUAAUAUACGCAUAUAUAUUAUUAUGAACGCUUUAUAACGACUUUUAAAAAUAAUCGCAUCGACUUCUGAAAUGUAUUUCUUUAUUUUUUAUGAUCUUAUUAAAUAUUAUCUCUUCGUGACUUUUAUCAAUCAAUUUAUUUUAUUUUUAGCGAGGUACGUAAGACAAAUAGGUGUUACAUUAUACUUAACGAAAUGUAUGAAAUUACACUAUUUUUUUUCACUAUGUGAUUUUCCAUCGAAAUAUUUUGUAUAUUUGUUUACAAAAAAAAAAUGUAUAUUAAUGACAAUGUUAUUUUUCAAAUUUUGUUGAUCACUUAUGCCAACAUUACAUGAAUAUUACAAGUUUUUUAGCAAGCCAAGUCCAUACGACCGAAUUUGAGAUAAAAUUUUUUUUUAAUGUUUCAGAGUGCCUUAAGAGUGUUAACUAACAGUAAUAUACAUGCUAUAGUUCGAACGAAUAUAACAUCUUUUUAAAGCUAAAACUUAUUACAAUAUAAUAUAGUGCAUAGAAGUCAACUUUCUAGCACAGACUGGAAUCCCUGUUUUUAUGUUAAUUUUGUCUGUUACCUAUAAUUAUAAUAUGUAACAUUUGGCCGACGUCCAUUUUAGUUUUAAACUAUUCGUGUUUUAUGUAUUACAGAAUAAGGUAUACUAUAAAAUAUAAUAAUAUGAUGUUUAUUAUGCCAAUAUGGCAAUAUGGUUGUAACAAAACUACAAAUGUCAAAUACAUAUUAUACUUGUUAAUAAAAAAAAAAAACCAAAAGUGUUCUA